AUGGAAAAAGCCUCCACUCUAAGCAAGCCCUUAAUAAAAAAAGCAAACCUUGUUGUACAUCAGAGAACUCACACUGGAGAGAAACCUUAUGAAUGCUGUGAAUGUGCAAAAGCCUUCAACCAGAAGUCAACUCUCAUUGCACACCAGAGAACUCAUACAGGGGAGAAGCCCUAUGAAUGCACUAUGAGUAACUGUGGGAAAACCUUUAUCCAGAAGUCAACUCUGAUUAAACAUCAGCGAACUCAUACAGGAGAGAAACCAUUUAAACCUUAUGAAUGUAGAAGAUGUGGGAAAGCCUUUGAUGAGAAGUCAACACUUAUUGUACAACAAAGAACGCACACCGGAGAAAAACCCUAUAAAUGUGAUGAAUGUGGGAAAGCCUUCAAUGAGAAGUCACCACUUAUUAAACAUCAGAGAAUUCAUACAGGAGAGAGACCCUAUGAAUGCAGUGACUGUAGGAAAGCAUUCAGUAGGAAGUCAAAACUUAUUAAACAUCAGAGAAUUCAUACAGGAGAAAAACCCUAUGAAUGUAGCAAAUGUGGGAAAGCCUUCAGUGUGAAAUCAACUCUCAUUGUGCAUCAUAGAACUCAUACAGAAGAGAAACCAUAUGAAUGCAGAGAAUGUGGCAAAGCCUACAGUGGGAAGUCAACUCUCAUUAAACAUCAGAGAAGCCAUUCAGGAGAUAAAACCUCUUAG